UUAUCUCGAGUCAUAAUAUUUUGUCUGUAACCUAAUCUCAAUGGCAACGACAAGCCAGCGGCACGCGACGUGAUGCCUACUGGAGACUGGAGUGGACUCCAGUUGCCGCUUGGGAAAGGACUGGUCCUGCCUUUGUCCUCUGCCUCGUCACUCCACCACACGAUUUAUUGCAAAGAUUUCCAAACAAGAACGAGAGCUCCGUGGGAAGAUAUGAAAUUGGGAAAACUCUUUCAUUUCCUGAUGAUUUGUUGAUGAAAUACUCUAUUGUUUCUCUGGUAGCUGAAGCCAUGCCGGCCGAUCUCUUGUUUUUGCUCAUCUUGCUUGCUUUACCACUAGUCGUCUUCUUCAUAAAGCGCCAAUCUAGCAGAGCCGUCCGGCCUCUUCCUCCAGGCCCUCAUCCAUGGCCGAUCAUAGGGAACCUUCCCCACAUGGGAGCCAAGCCCCAUGUGGCCUUGGCCCAGUUCGCCCAGCAGCACGGCCCACUCAUCUCACUCCGGCUGGGUACCCGGCUGCUGGUCGUAGCAUCGUCUCCGGCGGCCGCCACCGAAAUCCUCAGGACCCACGACCGAGUCCUCUCCGGUCGCCAAAUCCCUCACGCGAUGUACGCCAACAACCCCAGCCGGAACCACGUGUCACUCGGGUGGGCGCUCGAGUGUACCGACCAGUGGAAGUUCAUCCGGACCCUCUGCCGGACAGAGCUUUUCAGCCCAAAAGCCAUCGAGAAACAAUCCUCCAUAAGAGAGAAGAUGGUCAAGGGAUUGGUGGGCUUUUUGAGCUCGAAGCAAGGAGAGAAUGUAAGGAUCAGAGGGCUUGUUUUAGCAACGGUGUUUAACGUGUUUGGGAGCGUCAGUUUCUCCAAGGAUGAGAUUCUGAGUUUUGAGGAAGCGGCAAGGGGUGGGGGAAAGGACGGGCUGGUGAGACGGUUUGUGGACUUGUUGAGCAAACCGAACGUGUCGGAUCUGUACCCGUUUCUGGGCGGGCUGGACCUUCAGGGCUUGAGUAGAAAGAUCGAUGAGGUGGCUGGGCAGGUCUUUGGUAUAUGGGAAGGGGUACUUAGAGAGAGAAGAGAUGGUGGUGGUGGUGGUGGUGCUUCAUGGACGCCUGCAGAUUUUCUCGAUGUUUUGCUCCAAAACCAAUUUACAGAUGAUCAGAUCAACUACUUGCUCUUGGAACUGCUAAUGGCGGGGUCUGAUGCAAAUACCUCAACGGUGGAAUGGGGUUUGGCAGAACUAAUUAGGAAUGAAGAAGCCAUGGGCAAGCUCCGUGACGAACUUGAUCGCCAAAUCCCAACUGGUGAAACCAUAAGAGAAUCUCACCUCCACAACCUCUCUUACCUCCAAGCAUGUGUCAAAGAGACCUUGAGAUUGCACCCUCCAGCGCCACUUCUCCUUCCCCAUCGUGCCACCCAAAACUGUGAGGUGAUGGGCUACACCAUCCCCAAGGGCACCCAAGUUCAUGUUAACGUAUGGGCCAUUGGAAGAGACCCCAGCAUUUGGGAGGAUCCUCUAGUGUUCAAGCCCGAGAGAUUUCUGGAUAACAAUCAUUCUAGUUUGGAUUUCAAAGGGAACCACUUCGAAUUGUUGCCUUUUGGUGGUGGAAGAAGGAUUUGUCCCGGGUUGCCUAUGGGUGUUAGGCACGUCCACCUAACUUUGGCUAGCUUGGUGUACCAUUUUGAGUGGUCUCUCCCUCACAACAAGUCUCCUCAGGAACUGGACAUGAGUGAGAAAUUUGGGAUAUCUUUGGAGAGAGAGCAACCUCUCACGCUCAUUCCGAAACGAAGAAGGUAAUCAUACCUUUAUCAUCAAUUAGACAUGCAAAUGGUGGUACUGGUGAAAUAAAUUCAACAAUUUGGCUUGCUACCGGAUUUAGUACGAUAUUGUUGAAUGCCUCUGGAUUCUUCUUUUCCUAUUUCAGAUUACUCUCGAUCUCUGGCAGUUUAUGUUGAUGGAUUGUAUCGGCCAAAAAUAAUCCAUCCAAAUCAAUUGUGCACCCUCCUCAUCUCAUAUUCUUCUGUAUGGUUCUAACUUCAAAUUCUAUCUUUUGUAGAAUCAUUUCUCAAUUUAAUUUAUGUGACUGUAGCAUUCACCUCA